AUGGAGGAUAUGGUUGCUGCGGUCGGGGAUCAGAGGGCUAGGGUUACGACUAUGUAUCUUGGAGAUGGGGGUUACGGGAUUUCAUAUCCGAUUAUGAGGGCUCAGAAUGUGAAUGUGGGUGUUAUUAUCUUAAGCAAGAAGUGGGACUGUGAGACUUGGGUGAGAAAGGCGAAAAGGGAGGACAUGUUGAGGGAUACAGAACAUAUGGGACGAUAUGUGAAGGCGCUAGUGGAGCAAAUGCCGGAUCCUUCGCAGUGGGCUAUUUUUGAACAUCCCCAUCUCUCCACGUUUGCCAAGUCGCAGGUUGCGAUUCUUGGAGAUGCGCCUCAUACCUCUACUCCGCAUCAGGGUGCGGGUGCUGGACAAGCUAUCGAAGAUGCACAUGUCUUGUCAGAGCUUAUCGGUGACAGUCGCGUUGAGGCUGCAGAAGAUGUCGCGGCUGCAUUCAAAGCCUUACGAUGA